CGGAGGCGGAGAUUCCGCGGCGCCGGGAAGUGAGAGCAUCAUGGCGGCCUCUGAGAAGGCUGAACGCCGGAGACGCCGGAAACUCCCGAAGACCGACAGCGCGGCUCCAGAAGAUGAAUCCGAACUUCUCACUGUUCCUGAUGGAUGGAAAGAACCACCUUUUACAAAAGAAGAUAACCCUAAAGGACUUCUGGAAGAAAGCAGCUUUGCUACUCUUUUCCCUAAAUACAGAGAAGCUUACUUGAAGGAAUGCUGGCCAUUAGUGCAGAAAGCUUUGAAUGAACAUCAUAUAAAUGCAGUUUUAGACCUAAUUGAAGGAAGCAUGACUGUCAGCACAACAAAGAAGACCUUUGAUCCAUAUAUCAUCAUCAGAGCCCGAGAUUUAAUAAAACUUUUAGCCAGAAGUGUUCCGUUUGAACAGUCUGUACGUGUCCUUGAAGAUGAUAUUGCAUGUGACAUCAUUAAAAUAGGAUCCUUGGUCAGAAAUAGAGAAAGAUUUAUAAAAAGAAGACAGAGACUUAUUGGUCCAAAUGGAUCUACUCUAAAGGCACUAGAAAUAUUAACCCGUUGCUAUAUCAUGGUUCAGGGGAACACUGUUUCAGCUCUUGGACCUUUUAAUGGUUUAAAAGAGGUUAGAAAAGUUGUUCUGGAUGCCAUGAAGAAUAUUCAUCCCAUAUAUAAUAUCAAGACACUAAUGAUUAAGAGAGAAUUGUCAAAAGAUCCUGAAUUAAGAUUGGAAAGCUGGGAACGUUUUUUGCCCAAGUUCAAACAUAAGAAUUUGAACAAACGGAAGGAACCAAAGAAGAAAAAUGUCAAGAAAGAAUACACUCCCUUCCCACCUCCACAACCAGAGAGUCAGGUUGAUAAAGAAUUAGCAAGUGGUGAAUAUUUUUUGAAAGAAAGUCAAAAGAAGCGUAAGAGAAUAGAAGAAAUAAAGGCAAAGCAAGCAGAAGCAAUUAGCAAGCGACAAGAAGAGAGAAAUAAAGCUUUUAUUCCACCUAAAGAAAAGCCUGUUGUAAAACCAAAGAAAACGACAACCGAAACAAAGAUUGAUAUUGAAGCAAUUAAAGAAAAGGUUAAAAAAGCAAAGAAGAAGAAGCUUGGAGCAAUACCAGAAGAAGUUAAAUUAAAAAUUGCAGCAGGUGAAAAGAAAAAGAAACCAUCUUUAAAGCUAUAGCACUUCACUUUUUGCAAGGAGGAAAGCUAUGAACUCAGUUAAUGUAGAAGAUAAAAACUUGCCUUCCU